AUCAAAGCCACAGAGUUCUCGAACCCUCUUUCACCACCAGUGGCUCACGGUUCCAGCCCUGGGUGAGAAAUCUGAAUAUCAAAAUUCUCUUAGCUGACUAAUGCUUUCACAGAUCUUUGGAGGCUCUAUUUCCCCUUUCCCAUAAGUGGAUCGGAUCUAAUUCGACGGGGGUGACUGACUGCCAUUUACACGAGGGCUUGUAAAAACUCACCAAACUUCCUCAUAAACUCCCAGCAAAGAGGGUCUCGUUUUUAAGAAACUCCUGGCUGAUAUCGGAUUCCAGAAACCUCGGCGGGGAGAGUGGUGGACGAGGUAUUCCAGACCCGGCAACCGGGGGGGAGAAAAGGUGAUGUAUAGUUAUCCUUGACUCCUGGCCCCCUCCCCCCAGAGAUGCUUCACUUCCCAUGGGGCUUUGCGGUUUUCCUCCCAUCUCUUCUCAGUUUGGCUUCCGGUCCCCCCAACCCUUGCUAUGAUGUCAACCAACAUCCACGCUACUGCCUGCCGGAACUGUCCGAACUGGCGUCAGGGCGUCGGGUGGAAGCGUCCAGCACGUGCAGCAGGCCUCCCGGACGAUUCUGCGCCUUCCGGGACUCCACCGACACAGCCUCCAAAUUCUGCCAGCGCUGCCAAGAGAACUCCCACCUGCCAGAGCACCUCACAGACACCGAGGGUGGCGCGACUUGCUGGUGGUCGCGGCCGGCCGCCAACGCCACGCUCACUUUGGCGCUGGGUCGCCGGGUCGAGGUCCUCUAUGUGGCGCUCCGGUUCUGCUCCCCGCGCCCAGAAUCCCUGGCUAUCUACAAGUCUAUGGACCAUGGGCACAGUUGGGUUCCCUUCCAGUUCUUCUCUGCCCACUGCUGGCGGCGCUACCACUUGCCGGCCACUACGGUUAUUUUGAAGUCCAUGGAGCACGAGGCGGCUUGUAUCGAUGCCCAGACAGCCCCGAAGCCCCUCACUGGGGGACUGGUAGCCUUCAUGCCUCUAGCGGGCCGUCCCUCGGCCAGGAUGUUCGAGUACAGUCCUGUCCUCCAGGACUGGGUGACCGCCACAGACCUCAGGGUGUCGUUUGACCGCAUGCACUCGACGCGGACGCUGGGGCUGCGGAGAAGGGAGGCGUCCUACGGGGUGGCGGAGCUGCAGGUCGGGGGCAGGUGCAAGUGCAACGGGCACGCCUCACGCUGCGCGGCCGGGAAAGACGGCGGGGUGCCCCAGUGUGACUGCCAGCACAACACGGCUGGGCCGGACUGCGACACCUGCAAGGCCUUCUACUGGGACAGACCCUGGCAACGGGCAACGCCCAAAGACGCGCAUGAGUGUGUGGCAUGCAACUGCCACCUCCACUCCCACCGCUGCCGGUUCAGCAUGGAACUCUUCGAACUCUCAGGGCGCCAAAGCGGGGGGAUCUGCUUGAACUGCCGACACCACACAGCUGGGCGCCACUGCCAGUACUGCUUGCCAGGCUUCAAACGUGACCUCAGCCGUCCCAUCACAAGCAGUAAGGCUUGUAAAGCUUGCCAGUGCCACCCUAUAGGAGCAGUUGGUGCCAUCUGUAACCAGACGACUGGGCAGUGCCAAUGCAAGAACGGUGUCACUGGGCUGACCUGCAACCGCUGUGCCCAAGGUUUCCAGCAAAGCCGCAGCGCUCACACACCCUGCAUCCGGAUCCCGGAAGUGACGACGACGACCGUGUCCCCCCCGCAGGAAUGGAACACAGGCACUGAAUGUCAGACCCACUGUGAACCACCUCGAGGACGUGUCCACAUGAAUUUAAGGAACUACUGCAAGAAGGAUUACGUUCUCCGCGCACAGCUGAUGGCCAUGGAAAAAUCGGGCACAUGGUGGAAAUUCACCGCCACGGUCCUAACUGUCUUCCGCCAGCGCCAUGUGCCCAUUCGACGGGGCGAACAGCCGUUCUGGGUGCCCGAGCAGGAUUUGGCGUGCCGGUGCCUCUACCUCCACGUCGGCAAAUCUUACCUGGUCAUUGGGAACGAUGAAGAAUCACCGGACCCGGCCCGCUUAAUCCUCGAUAAAAACAGUCUGGCCCUGCCUUGGAGGGAUGCCUGGGCACAUAAACUACGCAGUUUCCAGCAGCAAAGCAGAAGAGGAAAAUGCCGGGUCGCCUGA